CUCUGUUCAUAUUAAAGAACUGCAUUAAUUGCACAAAACAGAAAAGCCGUUUAAACCUUUGACUUGCGCUAUAGACUAUAUUUUGCAAAUAUAGAAACAAAUACCUCACAAUCUUAUAAUGAUAAUGUGACUGAUAACGUGUACCUGAUAAAUGCACUGACUAGCUAUGAUUUAACAAUCAUAUUUAAUUUUGAAAAUAGCAGCAAACAAAAAUCAAGGUAUUACAUGAAUUAUUAAGUAGUAAUAACAUUUGAAUUUCCUUUGCGUCCAACAAAAAUGUCAAUGUGGAAAACAUGCAAAAUCAUUUGUGUCUAUUAAAACAUAAUUCAUGACAAAAACAAACAUAGAAAGGAUGAAUCACAAUUUUGUUUUUCACUCUUAAUCGAGUCAGCGGUGUUAAGGCCCGCGUCCACCGGCUCAUUUUGUUCUGCAUAGUCCUCUGCAUUUUGCCUCGUGAACUACGAGAAAUCUUCAGACAUUUCCUAUCUUGACCUUGAAUGGAAAUUAAAGGUAGCUAUACAAAAUAGACUGUGCUAAAUGCUAUAAAUUAUUUUCCUUGUUCUUGGUCUUUGUUUAACAGCAGGCCUAUAUAUGAGUGCAAGUUUUCAUUUUAUAUGUUAUCCUGAAAUGGAUUUAACAACGUUAUUUCGGCAGUCUUGAAACCAAUUUCAAGUCCUUGUUCUAGGUGUCGCUGUUGACCACGUCUGAAACUUCAAAUCAUGUGUCAAUGCGCCCACGUGACGGGGAAGAGCCUGCGUCUCAAGGCCAUUUUCAAAUUUCAUUGGUGAGAGUGUCAUGUGGUUGCAGAGAGACUCGCUGGUUAUACAGGGAUUGUUUUGCUAGAUAUGUCAGCUUACAGAGGACACUUCUCUGCUUCUUAAAAAAAAGAAACUCUCCAAAAUGUCCUUUCCCAACAGCUCUCCUGCUGCAAACACGUUUUUGGUAGAUUCCUUGAUUGGGGCGUGCAGAACAGAUUUUUAUUCCAGCAGUAACAUGUACAUGCCAGCCACUGCAGAAAUGGGAACCUAUGGAAUGCAAACCUGUGGACUCCUGCCGUCUCUUGGCAAACGGGGGGAAGUAAACCACCAAAACAUGGGCAUGAACGUCCACUCGUACAUACCUCAAACUGAUACCUGGGCAGAUCCAAGCAGGUCCUGCCGAUUAGAGCAACCGCUCAACCAGAUGUCCACCUGCACAUUUUCACAAAGCAUUAAAGAAGAGACUAACUGUUGUAUGUACUCCGACAAGAGAGCAAAGGUCAGUUCGUCUGAGAUACCCGCGUACUCCAACCUGAUCCCCGAAUCAUGUUCCGUUGAGAGUCCCGAGAUCCCGGUCCCUGGAUAUUUUAGACUAAGUCAAACUUACGCGUCGGCGAAAAACCCGGACUAUGACAACGAGACGAUGAGCCCAAACACUACGUUAAUGCAGCUGAACAGGGUGACUCCAAAGUCGCAGUCAACGCCCUUUGUCGAGGUGGAAAAGAAGCUUACGCUCGAUCGGGACACAAGGAGCUCUUCCCCGGCGCAGAGUCCAGAUCCCAAACUCAGCUCGCUGGAGGAGAAGCAUUGCACAACUGAGGCGUCUGUCUCCAGCCCUGAAUUGCCACACAGAGAAAGCAAAGAAUCCAAAAACGACACACCGACGAGCAACUGGUUGACCGCGAAGAGCGGAAGGAAAAAAAGAUGUCCAUACACAAAACACCAGACCUUGGAAUUAGAAAAAGAAUUUUUAUUCAACAUGUACCUGACUCGGGAGCGCCGUCUAGAGAUAAGCAAAAGCGUCAACCUUACUGACAGACAAGUGAAAAUCUGGUUCCAAAACCGCAGGAUGAAACUUAAGAAGAUGAGUAGAGAAAAUCGUAUCCGUGAACUGACGUCCAAUCUCACUUUUUCGUGAGCAUGCAUACAAGUGCAGAUCAAAAACUAAUCCCCUUCAUUUCGGUCAGUCUAUGUUCUCCUGUAUAAUGAUGACAUGAGGGCAGUGUGCAUUGUUUUGGCUACUUUCACGUCCCAAUGUUGUGAUCGUUGCUGAAUACUUGUCAUUUGUUGCUACAUCUUUGAUUGCAUUUGAAAUGUGAAGCCUGGUGUAAUUUCAUAUGUUUCACAGGGUAUAAAAGUGGUGUACGGUCUUAAUUUCUAAAAAAGAAGAUUAUAGAAACAGGCUGUUCCAAGCAGUUUCAUUUUAGCGGGAACAGAGCAAAAAUGUGGCGCCAAAAAGCCAUGACUUUGGACAUGAAAGCACAUUCGAAAGUGAAGAUCUCCCAUUCUUUCUCCAAUGAAAGCGUACAUUUAUUUAAAAUAAUUACGUUUAAAGAUUUCUGUAUAAUAGAUGUUUAAAUAUGUCUGUAUAAGUGCAUGUUUGUGGCAUGUGGUCAGUGGACUAAUAAAUUGAUAAUGUCAUAA